AUGAAAUUCACAGACCUCCUCCUUAUGGGUAGCACCAUCAUGAUAGCCAUAGCUGCGCAGCCUUCUCCCAUAUGUACUCAUGCCACACAUGACCUUUCGGUCUAUGUCUACCAUCUCGCGCCCGAGCCAGUCUCCUAUCAAGGAAGCCGCAAUCUCACUUUCUCACCCACAGCAUUCACGUUGCUCGUCGGCGCUCAUUCAGCCGUCUUAGUCGAUGCUCCAGCCACAAAUGCCCAAGGCGCUGAGGUAGCCUCAUGGGUCUCCUCUAUACUGGGCAGCGACAAAACGCUCCAGAGCAUAUAUAUCACGCAUGGCCAUGGUGAUCAUUUUUUCUCUGCUCGUUCCUUCCAAUCGAUCUACCCCGCGGCAAAUAUCCUGGCAACAGUUCAUGGGGCGGAGCACGUCGCACAGCAGUAUAGCGAGCCAUUCUACAGUAGCUUCUGGGGUAGCUUGUUCGGAGAUACGAUCGAUACUGAACCGCUUGAAGUGCAAACCCUGGGCGACGAUGGCAUCUUCCACCUUGAAGGGCAUGUACUCCGAGCAGUCGAAGUAGGGCAGGGUGACACUUACAACAGCACUGUCCUUCAUGUACCUGGUCUGGAUCUUGUGGUUGGGGGCGAUGUCGUGUAUGGGAACUGCCAUCAGUUGUUCGCGGAAGAUCACACUCCCGAGCUUCGCGGCCAGUGGUUGGCCAGUUUACAAGAAGUAAACGGUCUGAGGCCGAAAGUGGUGAUCCCUAGCCAUACUUUACCGCAAGAUGGAUAUGGUGCAGAGCAUGUCAACGGCACAAUCGACUAUAUCAGGGCGUAUGAAGAAUUGCUGCCGAAGGCGAAGGCAUGGGAAGAACUAGAAUCAAGCUUGAAAACGAGAUUCCCAAAGAGAGAUGGAAGUUUCAUACUUAGGUGGAGUUCUCAAGCACCUUUUAAUCAGGCCUUUUAG